UCAUUCAUUAUCACUUAAUUAUCACAUCUGUAUCAUAGCGCUCGCUAAGAUAGCGCAAUGAAAUGGAAAAUUGAAAUUGAAUUCCGAAUUUUGGAUCUCUGUACUCUGUUCCUUAAAAUUAAUUUUUUCUCAAUAUUCCCGGUGUGUCUCGUUUCACAAUCGUCUCCGUGUUAAAUCAUCUAAUAUGUGCUAAAGUUGAGCUUUUUCAUUUACACGCCGGAUAUGGAAACACUAGAUAAGGAUGUUUCGGAGAAAACACUUCCUAAACAAAACGCCUUCAUUCAAUCAACCGGUAUGUCCGAGAAAAUGGAACAAUUGAAACACAGAAGCACGUCGAAUGCCGGACGAAUGGACAUGGAUUGGCCGAAGAAAUCCACCGAACCAGCUAGUAUGAAACGUAUCGUUCAUUUGCUGAAAAAAUCUGAACUAUCCAAAGUCGACCCGUUAUCUUCAAAUGGAACUCAAAAACAAAGCAUGGAAGAUAUGAAACGUGAAGCUGAAACAGCUGCUAUGAAACGCACAGCUAACAUGUUCCAGAAAACAGGGCAUCUCGAAAAAGUGGAACAACAUAAGCGUAGAAUCACUAGAAAGUUUACUUCAACAGAGGCAAUGUUGAAAACAACUAUGCAAGCUCAACUUGAUAACGUCACAGUUGCUAUUAAUCAAUUGCAGUCUUUUCUAUUAUGUGUUGCACAAGUCAGAACGUUUAUUCGAUUCAUACAAGAGGAACUAUCCGAGCUUUCCAAAUUAGGUAACGCUUUGCAAGAAGUGAAGAAUAAAAAUAUUCAUCAUUCGCAAUAUGUGACCGCUAUCGAGAACCUUAAACACCUGUUCACCGUUCCCGAAAGCGUAGAAAAAACGAAGCAAUGGAUCAGCGAUGGUAAACUACUCCAUGCUCACCAAUGUUUAAUUGAUUUGGAAAAUUCUCGCGAUGAUUUACUGUACGAACUACAUAAAUUGCCCGAUCAAUCAGUCGCUGAUAAGAUGCUGUUAAAAGCGUACUUCGAAGACGUCGAAGCUCUAUCAUCGUUAUUAGAGAAACAACUGAAGUUGGUGCUCGGCCGUACUUUGACCAUCGUUCGAAAAGAACCAACUGUAAUCGUGACAGGAUUAAGGAUCAUCGAACGAGAAGAGAAAUCAGACGCCGUUGCUCUGCAAAGACAACGUCAAAGUGGUUUUCUACCUCCGGGCAGACCGAAAAAAUGGCGCGAGAUGGCUUUCAAAGAGCUCGAGAAAUCUGUGUCCCAACGUAUCGAAGGUAUUCAAGUAGACGAACGAUCUGGUAACAAGAUGUGGCUUGUAACGUAUUUAGAAUUGAGCAGACAAUUCGUACUGGAAGAUUUGCGAGUUGUUAAGACCUUAUGUGGUCCGUGUUUUCCUCCUUCGUACGAUAUAAUCAAUAAAUUCGUUCACAUGUAUCAUCAAAGCUUAUCGACACAUUUAGAAGAAAUCAUAUCGAAUGGAUUAGAAGGUAACGAAUACGUAUCCAUAUUAUCUUGGAUUAAAAACACCUACUUUGGUCCAGAGCUGAUGAAGCAUCCGGAUUUGAAUAUAGAUAUCUCAUCUGUUGGUCCUUUACUCAAAUCUCACGUUGUUAAUAAACUACAGCAGAAUUAUCUCGAUGGAAUGGAAAUGAAUUACAAAGAAUGGAUGCAGAAAACUCUCGAGACAGAGAAACAAGAUUGGAAUUCGGAAAUACAUCCGGAAGAAAGCCCUGAUGGUUGUUAUCAAACUGCAACUCCAGUUAUCAUAUUUCAAAUGAUAGAUCAGAAUCUACAAGUGGCCAAAACCAUCGGUCCAGAUUUAGUACAAAAAGCCCUGGUGCUGGGAAUGGAUCAGGUGAACUACUUUGGUAAACUAUACGGAGAAGCUUUUGUUGAAUUGAAGAAGAAACAUUUCGAGGACCGAAGCCUUAUACCGUAUUUUACGCAUCAUAUGAUCACAAUCACCAAUAACUGCCUACAAUUCCAGCAACUGGCCGAAGAAAUGAGAAAACAUUACUGGAAUUUAGACGGACAUGUUUUAGCAAUACCAAAUUACGAUUCGUUGUUGCAAACUUUCCAAAAUUUAAGGAACGAAGCCGCUCUGUAUUUAUUGGAAGAGGCAUUUUUAGACAUAGAUAGUCAUUUUCAAGAUUUAAUCACUACUAAAUGGGUUUCCACUUCUAUACCAAUUGAUACCAUUUGCGUUACUUUGGAGGAUUAUUUCCAAGAUUACAUUCACCUGAAAGGAAAGAAUCUAGAAUACAUCAUAUUUGAAGCCGAAGACUUGGUAGCCAAACGAUACAUAUUCGCCAUGUUGCAGAAAAAGAUCACUUUUCGAUCUCUUGAAGAACGUAGACAAGCUGCCUCAAAAAUCGUCCGAGAAGUGGAGCAAUUGAGAGCAUUUUUUGUGAAAAUCGCUCCUGAUGUUACAACUCGAGUUAAUUCUCCUUUAGAUGCGAUUACUGCCCUGGCCGAAGUGCUGAAGAGCGAAGAUUUAGAUAUUUUAUCUUUAGAUUUGCAUACCUUAGUUGAUAAAUUCCCAGAUAUCACUGAAGAUCAUCUGUCUCGUUUAUUAAUGUUACGCGGUGAUAUGUCACGUUCGGAAAUACGAGAGAAAGUAACAUUCUUACGACAAUCAACCUCGAACCGAGCAAAGGUAGCUCAGCAAAGAAGUAUCUUCCUACAAAUAUUGUAAUUUUCUUGCAAGACUUGUUAUUUCUAAUUAUAUUCUUAUUUGUUUUCUAUGAAUAUAUUCGUAUGUAUGGGUUACCAUAUUUUAUUAAAAUAAUCGUUUUUAAUAUU